UUCACGAACUGCGCAUGAAUGCAGGCGUGUUUAGUGCGUGUUCAAAAACGCUGUAAAAGCAGCAACGAAAUUUUGUCACAAUCGGCUACGCCGACGCCGACGUCGCAGUCAGCGCCCACAUAACGCGUAACGCAAGCAACAGCAGCAGCAGCAGCAACAACAACAACCAAGUGCCAAUAAUAACAAAAAAUAAAAGCAUCACUGCAUUGUAAUUAGCAGAAGGGAAGGAAGCGAAAAUUAGCUAAAAAUAUAAAUACUACUUCCUCAAACGGUACAUUUUGAGCCUCACUGCUGCUGCUUCUUCCACCUCAACAUCGUGCUUAGCGUGCGUGCGUGUGUGUGUGUGCGUGUGUGUGUGUGGCAACAACACAACAUUACAAUUGUGCCUCCAAUAAGAAAUAAUAAAAUUGUAUAAAUAAAUACACAAAUAAUCAAUUAAAUGCAUAUGGUACAUAUCUAUCUGUAUGCAUGUAAAUAAUUAAGCACGGCCUAAUUGCUCUGUCUCGCUUUCUGCUCUUAUUUUGUAUUGUUUGUUAUAUGUAUAUUUGUAAUUUUAUUUGUGUUUCGGUUUCUGCUUUACGCGCGCCCCGUUCCCCGUCCACCGUUCGUUCACCGCUCGCCUGCUCGCUGCACAAAAAUUUUGUAAAUGGCCAUUUAAAUGAAAUAAAAGUCGAAGAAGAAAUUAUCUCGCGUGUGUACGUCGUUUGUGUUUGUUUGCUUGGAUUUCUUUUGCCUGUGUGCAUUUAUUUCCUGUUUCCAACAACGACAACAAACAAUAGCAACAGUGCUCGUUUAUUUUUAUAUUGUCUAAAUAUAUAAUAUUGUUAAAAUAAAACAAAUAGCGGCAAUCGGAAACGUGACUAAUGCACUGCUCGCGUAGCCUCUCAGCUGCUGGCGCCGCGGACUCGACAACAUUCUUUAGUGCAGCGGCAGCGGCUGGUGCAGUCUCCUGUACAACAACACCAACAACAGGCGCUAAAACAAUGGCCGCCACUACAACUACGACAACAACAACAAAAACAAACGCUAAAGAUGGCGUCACAAUGCGGGAGAAGAAGGGCGGCGCUUUGCAAAAGAUCAAGAAGAGGCUAUCACACAGCUUUGGCAGACUAACAAUUUCCCGCGAAGACGGCGAGGACUCCACACAGCACACGCAUCAUCCAAUCCAUCAUCAUCACCAUCGCGGAGGACAUGGUGGCCAUCAUAAUCACGGUAAUAAAGUUCCAUACAACGGAUAUAACUCGGAGGAGUAUUUGGACCGCUUGGAACCAAAUGGCAAUAUACCCGCUGAUAAAACAAAUUGCAGAUAUGGCGCACAAGAAUCUGCGAAAAAUGAUAAUAAUAAACCACAAGACUGGCGCAGCACGGACAGCACCGACCACCAUGAUCGCGUACAGCGACAAUUGUCCGUUUCAUCUGACAGCAAGUUGCUGGACGAGGAACUUCGGGAGGAGAUGAUACCAUACAAUUCGCAUGUUGUGAUGCGUCCAAAGAAGCCGCCCAGACCCAAAUCGGAGGUGUAUCUGAAUAAACAGGAUCCACAUCCGCGCAGGAAACGUUUUAGUGCAUUUGGUGGCGACUCACCAUUUGGCAAGCAGGAGGCCUACGUCAAAAUGGAACCGCUCGGUGAAGGCUCCUAUGCGACAGUCUACAAAGGAUAUAGCAAAUUAACCUACCAGCGCGUUGCAUUGAAGGAGAUCAGACUGCAGGAGGAGGAGGGCGCUCCCUUUACGGCAAUUCGCGAAGCCUCGCUACUGAAAGAACUGAAACACAGCAACAUUGUCACGCUGCACGAUAUCGUGCACACGCGUGAAACGCUGACCUUUGUCUUUGAAUAUGUGAAUACCGAUUUAUCGCAAUAUAUGGAAAAGCAUCCGGGUGGCCUGGAUCAUCGUAAUGUGCGUCUGUUCCUCUUCCAGUUGCUGCGCGGGCUCUCCUACUGCCACAAGCGUCGUGUCCUGCACCGCGACGUCAAGCCGCAGAACCUGCUGAUCAGCGACUGUGGCGAACUGAAGCUUGCCGAUUUUGGUUUGGCGCGAGCCAAAAGUGUGCCCAGUCAUACGUAUUCGCACGAGGUCGUUACGUUAUGGUACCGUCCACCAGAUGUACUGCUCGGGAGCACAGAAUACUCCACAUCGCUGGAUAUGUGGGGCGUUGGCUGCAUAUUUGUCGAGAUGGUCACCGGCAUGCCCACAUUCCCCGGCAUACGUGAUACCUACGAUCAGCUGGAUAAAAUAUUUAAGCUGCUGGGCACGCCCACCGAGGAGACGUGGCCGAGCGUUACACAUUUCCCGGGCUACAAGCCGCACAAGUUGGGUUUUUAUCGAUCACGGAAACUGGGUCACAAUUUUCCUCGUCUGUACGACAUCGUCGAGGGCGAGACGAUAGCGAACGCGUUCCUGCAACUGAACCCGGAGCAGCGCAUCGGAGCCGAGGAGGCUCUGCAUCAUCCCUACUUUGGGCAGUUGCCAAAGAAACUCUACGAAUUGCCAGACGAGACCUCAAUAUUCACGGUGGAACGCAUACAGCUUUAUCCGGAGCCGAAUCGACAGAACAAAUGAAAAUUAAAGCAAGUCCUCUCUGUGGAUGGCGUUCGUUUCUAUUGUUAGUCAAGUGGUUGGGCAACAUACACACACACAGACAGACAGACAGACAGACAGACACACUCUCCACACACACCAGGCACCCCCACUCACGCCCACAGCAAGAGCAGCCUAAAACAACAACAAGAACAACAACAACAACUAGCAGCCAUAUAAAGAAAAUUCUUAAAACUCAAACUAGCGACGAGUUCUUCUUUCUGUACAAUAAUUUUUUAGUUUUUAGUUUUCAAAUGCAAAACCACCACCACAACAACAACAACAACAACACCCACAACAACAAAUGUGUGAAAUGAGAAAAUGAGGCGACGGCCAUGGCCAUGGCCAACAGCCAUCGACGAAACUGUGCAUUUUUGAGUCAAAAUCGUGCCUAGCCCUAGCAGUUCGGUUAAGGAGUAAGCAGCGCUCAUUAUAGGGCCCUGUGGUCUAACAAAACAAAGGAUACUCAGUUUAGUCAAAUUUGUGUCGAUUUUAAAAAAGCAAGCGAAUUGUGGCAACUGAAUACGCAGACUAUUUUUCUGUAGCCUUUUAUAAUUGUAUUAAAUUCUUGUUAGUUAAAUAUUUUGAGCGGAAUCAAUUGGCGGCAAUAUAUAGUAUACAUGUGUAUUGUUUCACAAAUUUUUAGCUUUAGUUAUACACUGAGAACAAUUUUUCUGCAAUUUUGUAAAAACAAAAACAACAAACUAAUAUGUUUUGUGUGUAGUCUGCGUAUAUAAAAUAUUAUACAUACAUAUAUUUCAAUUACUUUCCUAGACUUAUUGUAUGCAUAAACUAAAAUAUAUUUUGUUAAUUUUUUUAAAUAGGCCGCAAUUAUUUUUUGAAACUGAAUGCUGUAGUAGAGCUGAGGCGUCAGCUCCAUUGAUUAGGCUUGCAGAAAACUUGAUUGAUUUAACACAUCCUGUGUGUAUCCUGUUUCCUACGCAGCUCUUUAUAGGCGUAGACCCUAUGCCCUUAAGACAAGCAUACUAUGCAUAUGCAAUUAUACAUAAAUUUAUAGUUUGGAGUAUCUAGGAAUGCAAACUAUUACAAACGAUUUAUUUGUAAUCUAAUUUUCUCACAGUUCUUUGUAAUUUUUUAUAUACAUAGUACAUACAUACAUUAUUAUAAUUUAGGUAGGUGCCUAACCUAUCUGUUAUAAUUUAAAUGCUUCA